GCAAAAGAAUGCCCUUCCUAGUUCCUUAUUUUUUUCUGAAAUAUAGUGACAGCUGACAGGAGAGGGUGUUACAUUGUCCCAAACUCCCAAUAAUCUUCACGAUGUUUCCAUCAAAGAAAAGAAACCCUAGUUUUCAAUUCCCAAAAAACAUAUAACCACUCGGACAAGAUUCAUUCAUUCCCUGUGAAAAAUGAGUGCUCCAUCUCUCCCAGAACCCCUAAAUCAAGAACCUAACCAACAAUUUCAAGAAGAUGAACACAACAAAACACAAACCGACCCGUCACAUUCUCCCCUCGUUUCAGCCCAAGAUUUCCAAAACCCACCACAAUCUGACCAAAACAAUGACACCCAACAAGCCGUGGGGCCAGAAAAACCGCCGGAGAUUGCGGAACCGCCCGUUGAAUCAGGCUCCAUAACCCCGGAAGUGUUGGGUGAAGGGCAGGUUCAGAUACAGCAUCAGCAGAAUGCGUAUUAUCCACAGAAUGUUGUGGGCGGGGAUCAACAGAAUUUAGGGCUUCAGGGUCUCAAUCCAGCUGCUGCUGCAGCCGUGGCUGCGCUUUCACAGUUGACUCAGUUUGCGGGUAACAUGGGUGAUGUGGAGAGGGCAAUGGUGGAGCUUCAGGGGCUUAUUGCUGCUGGUGGGCUUGGAGCUUUCUUGGGUGCAGCUCCUUUUAUGGGUCAAGGACCUCCGCAUUAUGCUCCGGCCCUUUUGCAGAUCAGUCAUCCUCCAUACAGGGGUGGUGGUAGGAGGGGUGUGGAUCGAUAUCGACGUGGGGGUAGGGGAAAUUUCGGAAACCGUGGGAGGGGUCGAUGGACACCUAGAGAAAACCCACAACAAAUUUUAUCUUCGGGUCCCGGAAAUCUUUCGUCUGAGGCGACCAAUUCUGUUGAAGCGCGCACAGAAGCUUCAGCUGUUAACAUUGACCAGGGUGCCCAAGCUGAUAUGCCAACUGUGCAGCCAAAUGUCACCACCUCAGGUCCACAACGUCAUAUUCAAGUAUACCGGUGUGAAAUUUGUACAGUGGACUGCAAUAGUUUGGAAAUUCUUGAACAGCACAAGGGUGGGAAAAAACAUAAAAAGAAUUUGCAAAAAUUGGAAGAACAAAAGACUUGUCAACCUGUUUUUAAUGUACAAAGCAAUGCAAAAAGUGCUGAUUCUUACCCUGCUGGGAAGCUGCAGCCGGAGAAUAUGCAAAAUAGUGAAGGGAACAAAGAGACUAUUUCAGAAAAUCUCCAUUCUGAAACUGUGCCUGUCGAAAAUAAUCUUGAAAACCAGCCUCAAAAUCCUGAAACACAGCAGUUAGACAACCAGAAAUCUGGCAUGAAGAGGAAGAGGAAGAUGAGAACUGGUCGUGGCGGAGGGAAGCGUAGCAAUACACACAGAUGGCCAAAGGAGCCAAAAGUGGCCGCUCCCUUAAUCUGCAAUUUGUGCAAUGUGACGUGUGACACACAAGAGGUCUUUAACCGUCACUUAUCUGGUAAGAAACACAAAUCGAAGUAUAAGCGUUUUGAGAGCCACCAAGCUAUGUAUGGACCAGCAGAACUUCAGGUUCUUUACCCCCCUAACCCUGUUAUGCAGACUUUAAGUCAACCUCAAGAUCCUCUACAAAAUAUCUUUGCUUCUCAAAGCUCAAACCUUUUUCCACCAGGUGCUCAUACCACACCUCAAAUUCAUCCAGCAGGAGCUCCCAGUCAAUCUUCGGAUGGAAACCAAGACCAUCAACUAAACCUCUCCGGUCCUCAGGACUCAAACCCUCUACCUCCAGGUGUUGAUGCUGCACCCCAGUUUCCCCAAGUUCAUCAACAAUAGGCCUUGUACUAGUUCAUCAACAAUUGGCCUCAGCACACAGAGAUAAACUAAGCAACAUGGUAGUAGAUUACAUUCACUUGGCCCUGCAAGGCCGCAAGUUUGCUACAUAUGUUUUAUCUUUUGUUGUUGAUUUUAUUAGCUUCAGUGGGGUAAUUGUAAUACUGGUUUAGUAAAUGAAAACAUUUUUGAUUGGGGCAUGAUUUAUAUGGCUUAUUUUA